AUGAAGAUGCAGCCCUCAAGAUCACCACGCAAGGAGAUUGACUUCCAAAGUUUCAUCGACACUGACCCCCUCAUGCGGCGUAGGGUUUGCGGAACUCAGUUUUAUGUUGGCGAAAACCCCGAUGUCGACCAGCGCACUGCCACAAUUGGAGGAUGUGUCAUUAUCAACAAUUUCUACUACGGAGUGACAGUUCUUCACCCUUUCUUAGCACCUAAAGUCAAUGAGAAUACAGAAGCAGCUGUCGAUAGGUAUGCAGGCCUCGGCAAGGGUGCUGUCGAAAGAUGGCUGGACCGGUUGCCUGUUGACCCGGAAGAGCAGAGAAGGGCCAUGAAGAACACCGAGCCUCCACCAGCUAGGUGUCGAGAGCGCAACAACCCCACAGGGAACCAAGGAAUAGUUCUGGGACCUUCCGGCACCGACUUCACCACCAUCGUUUCAUGGUCUGCGCCCGCCGAGUCCGGGGCUCUCGAUUCCCUCCGUCCCGAUGUCGGGAGUUUGGACAACCGCGAGCCUGGAAUCCCACAACGAGACCCCAACCUUCCACAUCUCGAAUUGGAAGAACUCGAGGCUCCCGGAUUCUACAGCACGAGGGUCUACACGGUUCACGGCGAGCGGAUCGGGGAAAUCCCUACACUGCCGGACAGCCCACGGCCCGACCCCAGGUUCUACUCUCUGCAGAAGAACUGGGCGCUGGUCGGCCUGUACGAUCAGACUCCCCUGUCUAAUUGGGCAGGGCAACCCACUGAGGCAGAAAAAGUAGUUCGGGUGAGACGUUUCGCCACAGGGGCCGCAACAGUUCCAUUGCUGGCAAUUGUCAACGAGGAAACCAUCCUCCCCACUACGUUGCGCGGGCCCGAGGUUGUCGACGUGCCACAGAUGGGCCAUCAUCCUGCCUACGCUCUACUCGAAAGGGUUUGGCCAUUCAACUGCGGGACCUGGAUAGUGGGCAAGAAGGAAGAGGCGGUGUUUGCCAUCAUCGUCUCUCCAUCCUCACAGUCUCGCUCAGCCUAUGCGCUUCGUGCGUCCGAGGUGAUUGUUGACAUUGAAUCCCGGUUUCCUGAUUCGCGACCUAUUUUGAUGGUUGAGCGACUUCGCUGGCGGUGA